CGGCUACAUAGCAUUGGAAUGUCGUCUCAUUUGCAUAGGUGUCACUUCCUUCUCUGGACAAGAAAUCAGCAGUUUGAUUUCGUUUACCUGGCAGGCAAGUCGGGUGAACCUGAGAUUUCGGCCGUUGAAGAGGAAGGACAGGUAAUCUCGAGAUUCUUCGGCCACUUGUACCUGCCAAUAUCCGGCGCUGAGGUCGACGGUGGAGUAUAUGGUCUUGCCAUGGAACGUCUGCAACACCUGAUCGAUCUGGGCGGGAGCUUCACGGUCGUCGUCGAGAAUCAUGUUCAGCUGGCGGGCGUCGAGACAGAGUCGGGUGGAGCCGUCCUUCUUCGAAACGCAGGUAAUAGGUAAACUAUAAUGCGAUGUGGAUGGUUCGAUAAUGCCUAGUCUUUCCAUCCUAUCUAUUUCGGCAGCUGCUGCUUGACGGUGCGCAAAAGGGAUGGGAUAAGAUUUUCUAUAAUACGACUCAUGUGGUUUGACCUCUAAUUUACACUGAAAAUGAUUUGCCAAU